AAAUAGAAAGAGACCUAGCAGCCCAUCUCUUCUCUCGGUCUCUCUCACUCUCGUCUCAACGUCUCUCUCGGAGUCUCUGACUCUCCCCAUUUUCCUUCAGCUUUGCAUCACUCAUCAUCUCUUGCAGUACUACCAGAUCUGUCUCUCUCUCUCUCUCUCGGGCUAAAAGUACCCGCAAAGUACCCAAGGCGUACCGACGGAGUACCCUAGCCGUACCCAAAGAUACCAAAAGUACCCGGUACGAUUUUGCCUCACCGACGCCGUACCCAUAGCCGCACCCGGUGCGCGUACGGCGGCAUUUCUGGCGUACCCGUGCUUCAUAGCCUAGUAUAAUUCGGCUUUGUGACAGCAAUGUCUCAGAUACGGGCAGUAACUCCGUCGUGUUCAUCCACCAAUCUCAUCUUCAAUGGAUCCAAGCGAGUGCCCUUCCUUCGUCCUGAUAGAGUUUGCGGUUCCAUUAAGUUGUCUUCAUUCCAAGAGUUAGGGGUGAAAGGGAGUGAGCUCCAUAGGCACGUAAUUGUUCAUAAAGAUCGGAACCUUACUAAGGCUCAUAACCAUCAAGCAAUUAAAGCCGCUUUGACUGAUGAAAAAGAGACAGGAGCCUCUUCUGCUGGGGAUGAGAGAGUUUUACGCAAAAAAUUGAAUAAAGUGGUCCUAGCCUAUAGUGGUGGCUUAGAUACCUCAGUCAUUGUGCCAUGGCUAAGGGAGAAUUAUGGCUGUGAGGUUGUGUGCUUCACUGCAGAUGUUGGUCAAGGUACGAUUGAAUUAGAAGGUUUAGAACAGAAGGCCAAGGCAAGUGGGGCUUCUCAUUUAGUCGUCAAGGAUUUGAAGGAGGAAUUUGUGAAAGACUACAUAUUUCCUUGCUUGCGAGCUGGCGCAGUCUAUGAAAGGAAGUAUUUGCUGGGGACCUCAAUGGCCCGCCCUGUUAUUGCAAAGGCCAUGGUUGAUGUUGCUAGAGAAGUUGGAGCUGACGCUGUUUCUCAUGGAUGCACCGGGAAGGGAAAUGAUCAAGUCCGCUUUGAGCUAACCUUUUUUGCUCUAAAUCCUGAACUCAAUGUUGUGGCUCCCUGGAGGGAAUGGGAAAUCAGAGGGAGAGAAGAUGCUAUUGAGUAUGCCAAGAAACACAAUGUGCCAGUCCCUGUGACAAAAAAAUCCAUCUACAGCAGAGACAGGAACUUAUGGCACCUUAGUCACGAGGGAGACAUUCUGGAAGACCCAUCAAAUGAGCCGAACAAGGAUAUGUACAUGAUGAGUGUCGACCCAGAAGAUGCACCCGACCAACCCGAAUACGUAGAAAUCGGGAUAGAUUCAGGACUUCCCAUUUCCCUCAAUGGAACGGAGCUUUCCCCUGCAUCUCUCCUCUCAGAACUUAACGAAAUUGGCGGGAGGCACGGAAUUGGACGCGUCGACAUGGUUGAAAAUCGCCUCGUUGGGAUGAAAAGCCGCGGGGUCUAUGAAACUCCGGGCGGGACCAUCCUCUUCACCGCGGCACGCGAACUCGAGUCUCUGACACUUGACCGUCAAACCAUACAAGUAAAAGACUCUCUUGCCCUUACAUACGCCGAGCUGGUCUAUGCAGGAAGGUGGUUUGACCCUCUUCGUGCCUCGAUGGACGCUUUCAUGGAGAAGAUAACGGAAACCACCACUGGAUCAGUGACUCUCAAAUUGUACAAAGGUUGUGUCACUGUGACCGGACGUAGAAGCCCUAAUAGUCUGUACAGGCAAGAUAUCUCGUCGUUCGAGAGUGGGCAAAUUUACGAUCAGGCAGAUGCUGCUGGAUUCAUCCGGCUUUAUGGACUUCCAAUGAGGGUUCGAGCAAUGCUCGAGAAGAGCAGUGCUUGAGAAUCAAGAUGGGUGAUUUGCUGUUUUAAUUUAAUAACACCUGAUGGUUCAUUCUCUUAUUUUCGAUCUAGACUUGUUUCGUAUCGUAUUAGUAGAAGAAUGUUCCUUAUGCUUAGUUUUCUCUUUUCGCUCCGUAGUUAAAUCGAAAUGUAAGGUUUUGUUUGUUUUACUAGUAAUGCAUUAUUGCAGCAUUUAAAUAUAUAUAGUCCAUUUUUCCUUUUAA